AGGAGCAAAGGUGCCAUGCAGCCCCGGGUCCUCCUCGUUGCUGCCCUCCUGGCGCUCCUGGCCUCUGCCCAAGCUUCCGAGGCAGAGGAUGCCUCCCUUCUGGGCAAAAUGCAGGACUACAUGAAGCAGGCCACCAAGACUGCCAAGGACGCACUGACCAGCGUGCAGGAGUCCCAGGUGGCCCAGCAGGCCAGAGGCUGGGUGACCGACAGCUUCAGCUCCCUGAAAGACUACUGGAGCACGUUCAAGGGCAAGUUCUCUGAAUUCUGGGAUUCUGCCCCGAGCCCCACACCAUCUUCAUUUGAGGCCAUCUGAGAUCUCGGUACCCCAAGUCCGCCUGCCUAUCCAUCCUGCCAGCUCCUCGGGUCCUGCAGCCUCCCAGGGCUGCCCCCAAAGGUCGCUUGAAAGGGACGACAUUCUCAGUGCCCUCC